UAACAGAGAGAACACACGUCGAAGAGGUUGAUACGCAUUUUGUUUUUAUUUGGAGUCCGUCAUUAGUCAGCUGAGGUCAGAUUAGUGACAUUAAGUCUGUCUCUUGUCCAUUUGUGUCUCUCUGACCAUCUUAUUUAUUAUUUACACGUGGGUGUAUUGCUUGAUCCGACUCGGGACAUUUUUUACUAUUUGUGUAAAUAUGGAAGUAACUUUGGUGCCUUUUUUUGUGAUACUUCUAUUGGGAUAUAGCGAAAGCCGCGUUGAAAUUCGAACAACCAAAGUUGGAGACGAUAAAACGAUACCUCGAGAUGGAAAUACUGUUUCUGUGCACUAUACAGGACGGCUGACCGAUUCACGGAUAUUUGACACGUCACGUGGCCGCUCUCCGUUUGAAUUCGUCGUUGGACAAGGGACAGUCAUUAAUGGAUGGGAUGUAAUGGUUCGAUACAUGAGUAAAGGACAGAAGGCUCGAGUCAUUAUAACAUACGAUGAUGCGUACGGAGACACGGGGAUACCCCAAUCAAAUCCACCCAUUCCACCUUUUGCCACUCUGAUAUUUGAUGUGGAAAUAGUUGAUGUGAAGCAAGGAAAUUCUCCAAAUCAAAUGAAUCCUGUCAUACAGAAUACCAUAGCUACCAAUCAGCAACUACAGGGCAACAUUCAAACUGGGCAGAAUGGCAUAUCUAGACAGAUGGGUACCCAACCUGGGCAAACAGCCUUAAAUCUAAAUGCCCAGGCUAACGGAAUAAUUGGACAGACAAACGCAGCAGGAGGACUUGCAACAGCCAAUGGAGUACAGACCGGAAUGGUUGGCGCAUUACCAGGGACGCGGUUUGGCGCUCAGUCUGUGAAUCCAUCAAAUCAACAACAGGCUCCACAAUUUAACCAAGCCAGUUUAAUACAACAGCUAAACGCAGCAGCGACUGCAGCAGGAAUGCAGCAACAGCCUCAGCAAUUCAUUGCGCAACCUGGCUCGCAGACAUUCAACGCAUUGAAUGUUUUACAGUCACAGCAACAACUUCUUGCAGCACAAACACCUCAGCAGUUUGCUUCACACGCAGUUCUCAAACAGCAACCACAGUUUGCACAAUCAGCGGGUAUUCAACAGCAGCAGGUAGCAUCUCAGCAAGUCGGAGCAAAUGGUGGUCAGCCCCGAAGAAUCGGUUUACCUGCAUCAAAUACGAACUUUGCUUCACCCGUCGCACAGAGUGGUUUGGGUACCGGUUUGGCGGCCGGGAACACCCAAUUAAUGACAACAUCCGGAUAGCACUUUGUACAGCAACAUUUAUUAGUUGUUUGUCGACACAACUUUAUUUUGAAAAAAAAAAUAUAUUUUUUGCAAUA